UUUGAAUCAACGAUUUAUUCACCCAGUUUGCCAGUCAACACCGAAUAGAAAACAUUACAAGAUGUCAGUGAACCCAGAGGCUUUGCAGAAGCUACUAAUGGAAAUGGACAACCAGCUUAACAAGUCCAAGGCCGAGUUAAAUAUGUGCAAUUUGCAAUUGGACAGAAUUAAUACCAACUUAAACCUUAUUAAACAUACUUCAACCAAUUUAAAGAAAUUAACUAAUUCAGAUAAUGAUCCUGUUUGGCAAGGGAUCGGGAAAGCGUUUGUGAAGAAUGACGUGGGAUCAUAUAUAAAGACCAUUCAAGGGGACGAAAAAGAGUUUUUGGAUACCCAAAAGAACUUAAAAACUAAACAGCAUUAUUUACAAACUACUUUAGAUAAUACUAUAACAAACAUGACUCAAUUAGUUGGAAAGAAAUAGUUUACUUGUACCAUA